GAUCAAAUAAGCAAGAUGAAAACCUCCUAUGAGAAAGAGAAGAAAACCAAUGCCAAGACCAUCAAACAGCUGACAAAUCAGGUUCAAAACCUCACCAACUCACAAGUAGUGGUUAAUGAUACAUCACAUAUCACUUCAGUCCAAGAAAAGGCCAAAAUAUAUCAACUCGAGAGUGAAAACAUCAAACUACGAAAACAACUGGAACAAUCAAAGACACAAGUCGACGACGUUGAGUUGAUGAAAGAAGAGAUUGCUCGAUUACAAGCAGAGAAUAUAACGCUAAAGUUCACACCCAAAAGGAAAGAUUCGAUAAGCGAUGUGGCUAACAAAGUUCGAUCCGCAUUCGUUCCAGCAACACCACCGGAGUCACCGUGUAACUCGAGACCAUCCAGCGACGCGUUUAGCUUAGUGCAUGAAGGAAUAUUAGAAGAUGCUACCGAGGGGAAUUCAAUAGUUACUAAUGGUGAUUGGGUAACGGUCAGGAAACGAGGCAGUAAAGGCAGACGAGGUUCAAUUCGACUACGCUCAGGAAGUCGAGGUGGCCGGAAG